UGCUACGAGAUGGAGAGGUACCUGAAGGACGAGCCGAAGCUGCAGUCGUACAAAAAGUUGCCCACAGAGCUGGACACGGCACCCUGGAACCUCUUCAGGCCCCCUAUCUCGUGGACAGCGUCGACCGGCACCGCGAGCGCACAAUUCGAGUCGCCAAUCAAAAUGGAGGUGACGACGUCGUCGGAAGACAGGGAAACGAUCUGUCUGGACGACAUAAAGUUCAGUCCCGGCGAUCACAACCACAACGGCCGCGAUAGGGAUCUCCUGGACCGGCACCUCGAUUCCUUGUCGAUGUCGUCAUCGAGUUCGGCGUGUUCUGCCUUGUCCUGGGACAGUUCGCCCUCCGUCUCGUGCACGGCCUUCAUUCUCAAGAAAGAGCCCAGCGAGGACCUCGAAGAGGACGAGGAGCACGAGGAAAUCGAGGAGGAGGAGGACAGCGGCUGCGAAAGCGAAGGUCAAAUCCUGACGCCGCCGUCGAGCCCGGGCUCGGGUCAAGGUCAUUCCAACUCCAGUCACUCGUCGAGCGGGAGUUCGAUGCUCGACGUGCAGAACCUCAACCUUCAUGGCACGGGCGGAAGGAGCGCCAUCGUCAGGGUUACCACCAGCAACGCGCAGGGUGUCGCAAGACUGAUCUCCGUCACAGCGAACGGCUACCCUGCGGUCGCAGGCACGCAACACGCACACGCAGGGACAACUGCAGCUGCGAGCACCGUGGCUAACAGGCACCACGCGAGGAGCCACGAGCACAGUCCGCCAGACACGAAGCGCAGGAUACACAAAUGCCAAUUUCCGGGUUGCAAGAAGGUUUACACCAAGAGCUCGCAUCUGAAGGCCCACCAGAGGACGCACACAGGAGAGAAGCCGUACAAGUGCAGCUGGGAGGGUUGCGAGUGGCGAUUCGCGCGUUCCGACGAGCUGACGCGCCACUACCGCAAGCACACCGGCGCGAAGCCGUUCAAGUGCCGGCACUGCGACCGAUGCUUCUCCCGCAGCGAUCACCUAGCCCUGCACAUGAAGAGACACGUGUAAUCGACCCUGCCCGCGAACGGUCCUCAACGCGCGGAACAGUCCAGGACCGGCAGACGAAGCUCCUUCCUUCCCGAGGAUUCCCGAGGCCGCCGCGCGACCCUGGCCUCCCCGUGAUCGCGUUUCUUCCACACAGACACCUGACGGCGGAUCCACGCUCACAGCGGACGGAUCGCUGACGAUCGACAGCGGCGAACCACCGCUCGGCCACGAAUUUCCUCGGAUUCGCGCGAUCGCGCGGGUUCACGCGUCUGCAACCGUCGGGGAAUCGAUGAUCGGCGAGACGGUCGGUGAGGAACGGCCACUUCCGGUGGCGGUCGUUCUCCAAGAAGGGGCAACGUCGAACGAACGGUGUCGUAACUGCGUCGUGCAUACGGGACGAUGAGAGCGGAACGGAUGAUCGGAUGGUUGCGAUUGGAAAUUGCAAUCGGGGGAAAACAAGAACGCACGUACGUCGAGCUUCUACCCCGAGACGGUUCGUUUGGCCGGAAGGGCGGUCGGUGAGGGGGUUGGAAGAACGUCCGAUGGUAUUUUCUACGCGAGACAACGCUGGCAAUCGAGACAGCAGGUGGGUCGGCGACGAUCGGAUAAGGAUCAGGCCUGGUACGGUUGAUGCGAUUAGGAGCCUCCGGGACGAGCAGCUGGAGGACAACGCGAGGAGAAGUCUCGUCCUGGAACGUUAAUCACUGCCAAUUCAUUAAAUUCUAAGAUCAGCGCAAAUACCGUCGGAGAUAACCGUAGUCGCCCGGGCGAACCACCGACUCGGGGUUGGGGAAUGGGGUGUAGAACCGGCGAGGAAUCGUCCAGCGACAGCGGUGUACAGCUCGCGUGAAUCCCUGUAAGUCGUCUGCCUCCCGUAAAACGGUCGAAUUCCUCAACCCACGCCAAUGGUACUCUCAGUGGUACUGCAACGAUGACGCGAUGCGAAAAUCACCGAAAAAAUCACCGAAAAACGAGAAAAAAAAAAAAAGAUAAAUGGAGAAACGAUGCGCGUGUAGGGAUGUUCGUGUGACACGAACGCUGGUGUUUCAUAGGCGUCGCGAUUGGAUUCCGGAAAGUCAAGGAAACCCGGUUCGCGAGGACAAUAAUACGCUGUCUGUCGGUGCCAAAACGUUAUUUCCUUUCUCCCUCGUUUCACCACUUUCUCUUCUUUCUUCCACACGUAUACACACGCGUGUGUCCGCGCGCAUGAACAACGUACACCAUCCCCCGUGUCCCGUUAGCAGGGCCACGCGAAAAGCUGUUCGCGGGUGGAGAACGUGCACGACGCUUUCGAGCUUCGAUCUUUCGAGCAAUAAUCGGAAUUGUAUUCGCGACCCGCUGGAACCGUGUCACACGGGGUGUGUCGUGCAAGGGCGGAGGGCCGCGCAGAGGCCACGGGUCGUAAUUGAAUACGUGAUUUCGGCCAGUUUCCACGGAGGCAAAGUUUACCCGCGCCAGGCGCUAAUCCCGAAUUUACAGUGCGAAUUAUAUCGCGCGACGCCUCCGUUCGAACCACCCUCGCUCUUUCAAACGUCAACCCCUUCGCGUUCCCAUCGUGCUCGCGCGACCGACGAACGAGAUACGCGAAAAAAUAGAGAAAACAGAGAAAACAACAGGAAAAAAAAAAAAAGAUAGACUCGAUUCUGAUUCACGAUUCGACCGUUUUACGAUCGUCGAGGAUAUUCACGAGUGAUUUCUCGAGGCGGGUGAAACUCGGUCCUCGAGGAACAGCUCGGCCGAACGGGGCUUCUUUCGUAGUGGCGCGCGUGCUAUUGUUUUUAACGAAAAUAAGGGAAAAAACUAAGAUUAUAUACGGAAUCUGACUUUGUACUUUUGUACGAUUGCUUUCGUAGGUGACGUUCUCCGCUUUUGUUUCACGCGUAACCGCGCAUGCGCGGGUGGGGGCGGCGACGCGUGCCGGCAUGGCGGGCAGGAUUCUUGUCGGAGGCUCAACAGAAAUAAAUGAUAUAUAUAUAUUUUUUAAUAUUCUCGUCUUACUCACCGAAACAAUAUAUUGUUAUACAUAAGGGAUUAUACAAAGUAUAAACGGGCAACAUUCCGCACAAAGCUCUAGAACCGUUUCCACGCGUCAGACCCGCCCGUCGAGCAGCGCCGCCAUCACUCGCGCAUGCGCAAACCCAGGGACGGCAGACGGCCCUCGUUCACGAACCAUGCGUUUGCGUGUAUAUGUGUGUGUGUGCGUGCGUGCGUGUGCUCGGAGAACGCUACGAACUUCCGGUCGGUGUGCACCGUUGUCUCGCUGAUCAUCGAUAUAUCCCGAAACGGGACGAGCGGGAUCGAAAUCGCGCGAGGGGGUGGGAGAAAGAGGGGAACGGAAAAAAAGACAGAGGCAAAGGGGUGUGCAUGAAUGGCACGGCGGAGAGACGAGAUGAGACGAGAGGGGUACGAGAGAGAGCGAGAGAGAGAGAGAGAGUUAGAUGGGAGAGAACGUUAGAGGAAACGGGUAAUCGCGGUCGGUUACCCGAGAAGAUACGACGCGUUCGUAUUAUCCGUGGACUGCACGAACGAAAGGAUCGUGGAUCGCUCGUCGAACACGGAGGGUGAACAAAAUAGAGUAGUAGAAAAAGAAACAAAGAAAGAAAAGAAAAAAAAAGAAAAUAGAGUAAUAACGUAAAACGAUUAAACACGAAGGAAUGAGAGAAGCAGUACGGGGCAGGAGUUUACCGCUUAAGAAGACUAAUCUUACCUGAGGGCGCGGAACGGCGCAAAGAGCGGCCGAGCUGGCGGGCGAAACGAAGAUUUAAGGGGGAAAAAAAAAAAGGAAACUAAAUUUUAAAUGUUCAGUGGCCAAAUAAAUUAACUGAUAACGCACGUAGAACGUAACGAUACCGUACCUACCAAGUAAGCCUGACUGACAUGAGAGCGUCGACGCGGUUCGCGCGCGUGUGGCUGCGUGUGCAUGUAUGCGCGUUAUUCGAUGUCUGUGGCACCUGUGUAUUUCUUCUUUUCUCUGUAUCUUUAUCCUUUCGUUCCUUUUUCUCUUUUUUUUUUCCUUCUCCUUCUUCUCUUCUUUCCUUGCGUCAGUUUGCGCGUGAGUGCGUCCGAGGUGCGUGCGCGUGUGUGACCGUCAUGCAUCUUUUUCCCCCGCGAGAAUGUGUUCCAGAGUCAAGUUUUCGGGGGUCGUGCGAGGUUUUCGUGGAGAACGCGAAAGCGUAGGAAGACAGGGAGAGAUAGGCAGAUAGAGAGAGAGAGAGGGAGAGAGUGAAAGACGAAUUCGAUGGGGAGAAAACGUAUACAAGGGGAGCGUGUGAGUGCGAGGUAGAGAGCGUGAGCGUGUGUGCGCGACAGAGAGAGAAAGAUAGAUGAUAGAGAGCAGAACACUAAGUUUGUAUAUUGUGCAAUUUUUGUCAGUGUUUCAUUAUUUGUUACCAUGUUCACGGAUAAUUAUAAAUAAAAUAAAUAUAUAUAU